UCAUCGGUUUUAUUACUUCGUGGAUUCUUAGGUUUCUUAGAUUUCUUAGAUUUCUUUCAAAAACAUUUAACGCACUCACAGCGCUUAGUUAAGAACACUCCUCAAAAUGGACGCUUCCGCGAAACCGAUUCCCAGCGUGUCCUACACCGUCUCGCAAUCCAAUGCGCCGGAACAGGUGCAAGUGCAGAUGCCGGCAUCACCGCCUCUGUACGAGGACGUCGUGGACGGCCGCUCUCCCUCCUCCACCAAUCUGGUCAUGAAGGAGCCCCGCGAAUGGCAGGAGCCGGGCGUGGCCUGCCACGAGAUGUUCCGCAAGUUCAUCACGUACUGGCGCCUCUUCGUUAUCCUCUGCAUCCUCACCGGGAUAAUUCUACUGGCGCUGUGGAAGUCGGUGCUGUACGCCGCGACGUGGGCGGUGGUCACUGGUUCCAUUCUCCUCGGCGCGUUCUACAUCGCGUAUAUCCUGGAGACAUUCUGCUGCAAUUCCAACACCAAGUUUCUGAAUAAUUCAGUGAUGGUGUCGGAUAUCCAUCAGUAUGUAGAAAGCGUUCGUGGCGGUGCUCCCGCGGUAGUAUGGCACAUGGAAUGCUACCACUACGAGACCCGCACCCGCCUGGUCUCCUCCGGCAGCGGCCGCUCCCGUACCACCCGCGUGGAGACCUACACCGUCAAGGUGACCUCGUGGACGGGCGACCAGGCCUUCGAGUUCAGCAACUGGGCCGACAUUUCCGACCCGCGCCAACUGGACACCAUCGGCGCCUUCCAGCAGACCCGCAUCAAAUUCGACAAGCAGUUCGUCCUGUCCGACAACCAAACCCUGGCGUCCUUCGAAGCGCAACGCGACUACUUCGUGGCGGCCAACCGCCUCCGCGACACCCACUACGAUUUAAGCGAGAGUUUCGAAAUUGCCGGGUUCCAGCCGGCGGUGCUGGCGUCCACCACCAGCGAGAAGCCCUUCUUCCUGACGUUACACUGGUACGUGCUGGCCGUCCUGUUUUUGCUGGAGCUGCCCUUCAGUUUCAUGAUCAAGAUGCAGUCGGCGCGGAUGCAGUACGUCUAUGUCAAGAAGCUGGGCGUCUGACACAAAGUGAUUUAUGGAGCGGUGGAGCGUAUGUGUGCGUUGUGUUGUACAUUUAUUUAAUGCUCAUUCACCGGAAAUCGAAGGGAUGCCGGUGGGCAGUGUUUAUAGCCGCAGAUGCGCUGCUGUAUUGAUUGUACGCCUUGUUCCUCUCGCUUGUAAAUCGAUCGGUAUCGAUUUGCUGUCUGUAGGCGCUCUGUAUGUGUAUGUAUCGCUGCGGCGUGCAGCGCAGCGCAGCGGAAACGGCCGUCACUAAUUAAAUCCCCCACGACAACGUGGCUGGAAUGUU